CACAGUCAGAUCGCAAAAGAAGAACAGAGGAAGGUACACAAACUUUUGGUAGCGUCUCAUAUUCUAGUAAUUUUCAUCAUGGAUCUCGGGAAGGAGAGAGUGGUCGCUCUGGUGGACAUGGACUGCUUCUAUGUGCAAGUAGAGCAGAGAAUCAAUCCCGAACUGAAGAAUAAGCCGUGUGUUGUAGCUCAAUACAAGACAUGGAAAGGAGGAGGUAUUAUUGCAGUGAGUUAUGAAGCUCGAGCACAUGGCGUCACCAGAAACAUGUGGGCAGAUGAUGCCAAGAAGCUGUGCCCUGAUCUGCAGGUGGCCCGGGUCAGAGAGUCACAUGGGAAGGCUGAUCUCACCCAUUACAGGGAGGCCAGUGUGGAGGUGAUCGAGGUGAUGUCACGUUUUGCUGUCAUUGAGAGAGCGAGUAUUGAUGAAGCAUACAUGGAUCUCACAGCGAGUGUGCAGCAGAGAUUAAAGGAUAUGACUGACCUGGACAUUAAUCCACAUCAUCUGAAGAGCACCUAUGUACAAGGAUUUCCACAAAUCAGUUCCAACGAAGACGCACUGAGUGAGAACGCAGUACUAGAUAAAGAAGAACAGCGGUCCAGAGGUCUGCUGCAGUGGCUAGACUCUGUGUCCUCCUGCUCUCAGUCUAACAGUGCAGAGCUGCAUCUGGCAGUGGGCGCUCUUCUAGUGGAGGAGAUGAGGGCCGCAGUGGAGGAACACACUGGAUUCCGCUGCUCUGCUGGGAUCUCACACAACAAGGUGUUAGCCAAACUCGCAUGUGGGUUGAACAAGCCCAAUCGCCAAACAGUUCUGCCACACGGAUCUGUUCCCCAACUCUUCAGCACACUUCCCAUCAAUAAAAUUCGUAAUCUAGGAGGGAAGCUGGGGAAGUCCGUGACGGAGACUCUCGGGGUGGAAAACAUGGGAGAUCUCACUCAGUUCACCAAGAGCCAGCUGGAGCAGCACUUCGGAGAGAAGACUGGGCAGUGGUUGUAUGACUUGUGCAGAGGGAUCGAGUUUGAGCCGGUAAAACCUCGCCAGCUCCCCAAAUCCAUCGGCUGCAGCAAGAACUUUCCAGGAAUAACAUGUUUGGCUACAAAAGAACAGGUGCAGUAUUGGCUUCAUCAGUUGGCCCUUGAGUUAGAGGAAAGACUGAAUAAAGACAGAGAGAUGAACGGGCGAGUGGCCAAACUGCUGACGGUGGGCGUGCGGCAGGCAGGAGAUAAAAAACCCAACAGUUUCUCUCGCUGCUGUGCUCUUACGCGAUAUGAUGUCACAAAGAUCACCACAGACAGCUUCGCUAUCAUCAAGAGCCUCAAUACUGCAGGCAACCACCAGGAGGCGUGGUCUCCUGCCUUGACUUGCCUUCAUCUGUCAGCCAGUAAGUUCAGUGAUGCACCAUCAGCUUUGUCAGGAGGAAUAGCCAGCUUCCUUUGCAGCGAUGCUCCUUCAACACAGUCUCUUCUGGCCUCUUCACAGACCCCUACUGCCCCUAAAACUCAGCCAAAGAGUCCAGGAGUCAUCCAGUCUUUGUUCGAGAGAGCCGCUGAAAAGAAAAAGAAGCAAGCGGAAGAAGCUUGUAAAGAUGAACCUUCCCCACAGACAUUCUUGUCAACCACUCCUGCGGAAAACAAAUCCACUCAAUGCGCAGCUUCACCUCAGAGAGCCACAGAAGGAUUUAGAACUGGUAUCUCUUCUUUCUUCCAAAGAAAGAGCUUGGAGAAAAGCCUUCAGCUCACAAACUCGCUCUUCAGUGGCGACAGUUCAAUAUUGGCUAAAAGCAAGACCAGUCCAGUUGAAGUUAAAGUGUUUGAGCAGAACUCCUCCAAUGAACCAAGUGUCUCCCUCUCUGGUCCCUCUGAUUACUCAUCAUGCACUGCAGAUGCCAGUGUAUCCAGUGAAGAUCUUCACACCUGUGAGCGCUGUGGUCAGAAAGUGUUGGUGUGGGACGUGCCUGAGCACACAGACUAUCAUGUCGCUCUGGACUUGCAGAAAUCAUUCACCUCCACAUCAUCUUCUUCAGCCUCCAGUGACAGCCACGUCAAAGCCGGAACACCUCAGUCGUCCCGUGGGAAAAGCCGGACAAAGAUUCAGAGCGGACCGCAGGCCAAGAGAGCCAGAGCGCAGGGAAGCACAGCCACGCUGGACUCCUUCUUUAAGAAGACUUGAUGCAGGUAUAUUGUGUGCCCUCAGCGUGUAAGCCGAAGGCGACCUGUGGCAAGGAACACAAAAAUCCAUAAGAUGUUAGUUUAUGAAGAAAAAUAAACCUUGGGGAAAACCAGGCUCACCGGGGGAGCCAGUUAUAUAUGCCAAUAUUAUUUAUCUACUGUGUGUGUAGUACAAGUCUUGUUUUAAAUGAGUAAACUGAGUAGAUGUUAGUGGCCAAUGUUUAAACUAAAGGAUUUUGUAUGAACUUUAAGAUUAAUGAUUGUAUCUUUUUAAGUCCAUCCUGAAUUAACUGCGGAAGUGUACAUAGAUGCAGUGUCCAUUUUAUUUGGUCAAUAAAGACUUUAGUUAGCAGUAAUUUAUUGUCUAUGUAUUCCAUCCAUCUCGAAAUGAGCGAAGAUUAUCAGAGCUCGAGUGAAAUAAACAGGUUUAUUGCCUAAAUAGAUAUUUAUUCAAAGAUUUUUAAAGCUUGUAAAAUGUCACUGUAUGUCUGUGAACAUGUGAUGAUGUAAUAGAACGAUGAAUCGUUCUUUUAUGAACCGAUUCACAAAAUGAGUCGGACUUCCAGUUGUACACACCACUAGAGGGCAAAGUAAAGUACUAUCACUAAGAAACUCUAAUGGCAGCCUUCCUAACCCAAGACUGCUGUAAAACUCAGUACAAGUAAUUUACAGUAGGUUUGAACAUUUUGUCAAAGGAACAUUGUGGUCAACUGUGGUCACUUUAAAAGUCACAGUAUUCCCACUUCCCAUUGGUG